UGCUAAGUGAUGGGAUGAAGGAAACAAUUCGUUUUCCUCUGAUGCAUUUGUUGUAUGCCUUUGUGGUUUGUGCCUUCGCUUGUAGAAGCGAUUCAGUAAUUCGGAUCUUUCUCUUUCAGAAACCCAAGAUCUUCCCUCAAAUUUGGGUUUUGGAUUUCGCUUCUGUACCCUGAGUCAAUGGAUGAGUUCGGUAAUCUACCAGAGGAGGUUAUUUGUCAUAUCUUGUCUUUUCUUACAACAAAGGAAGCUGCUUUAACAUCGGUUCUUUCAAAGAGAUGGCUCAAUUUGUGGAAACUUGUUCGUAAUAUUGACAUUGAUGACUCUGUCUUUCUUUAUCCUGAAGAGGGUAAGCGUGAAAGGGAAGGAAUUUUGCAAUGUUUCAUGGAUUUUGUUGAUAAGGUUUUGGCUUUGCAAGGUGAUUCUCCUAUAGAGAGAUUCUCACUCAAGUGUGAAACUGGUAUUGAUAAAGAUCGUGUGAAUGGUUGGAUAUGUAAUGUGUUGCGGCGUGGUGUUUCGGAUCUCGACCUUUCCCUCGAUUAUUCGGGUUAUGAUUCAGAUUCUGAUGAAUUGUAUUUUCUUCCGGAAGAAUUGUUCGAGAGCAAGACACUAGUUGAGCUGAAAUUAAGAAGUGAAGAACAUGGUGUUAAUUGGUGGCGUGGAGCUGCAUACACUUGUUUACCAAUGCUUAAAACUCUCGAGAUUGACGCGGGGUGGAUUACAUGUGAUGAGCUUGAGAUGUUUCUUCCUGCUUUCCCUGUGCUUGAGGAAUUAUAUUUGGCUGAUAAGAAGUGGCUUUGGAAUGAAACUGUAUCAAGCUCAAGCCUUAGGAAGCUAACUAUAUAUGCAAGUGGUUUUGAAAACUACUUGAAACCAGAGAGCAUUUCUUUUGAUACACCAAGUCUAGUUUACCUCGAGUAUUCUGAUUUUGUUGCGGCUGAUUAUCCAAAAGUUAACUUGACGAGUUUAGUUGAGGCUCACAUCAGACUUAUGGUAACUGAAGGCCAAGUCAAUCUUAUACGAGCGCCAAAUGAUGAAGAUGAUGGUUUUCUGCGUCUUAGAAAUGUGUGGAAGCUUAUAAGUGGCAUAAGAAAUGUUCAGAAACUUUUCUUUACUGCCGAUGCUCUCGAGGUUCUUUCUCUAUGCUGUGAAUCGAUGCCGGUGUUCAACAAUCUCAAAUUUCUAUGUAUUAAGAGUGACAAGGAACGGGGAUGGCAAGCAAUGCCGGUUCUCUUAAGGAACUGUCCUCAUUUAGAAACUCUAGUUCUUGAGGAUCUCUCACACUAUGUGACUGAUGAAUGUGGGGAUGCUUGUGACUGCAUUUCUCGUGAGGAAAAAGGUUGCUCACGCUCAUCUUGUCCAGUGAAGUAUAUGAAGAUUACAGGGUUUAGAGGAACAAUUAAAGAGAUGAAGAUGAUAUCGCAUUUCUUGGAGUAUUUCCCAUGUUUGAAGGAGAUGGAGAUAUAUGUCGAAGUGAAUGAUCCUACAGAAUUCGAAGUCCCUGGAAGACUUAAACUUGUCAGGCAGUUCUGGACGUUUUACGACGAGUUCUUUAUUUGUUAUGUCAAGUUACUGGUGUCCCCUGAGGUUUAUAAAAAGUGGCCGCCAGAAUGAGUCUCCAAGUAAGAAAACUUUCUCAUAGUUCGAACCUGAUUUGUCUUGGGUCGAUUCAGUCUGAGUUGUUUUACUAUCUACACUUUGUUCUAAGAUUUUAGACCUAAGUUUAAGUUUGAAUUCUAGUUUAUGAUCUAUGUUUGUCUCUAAGCUUUCAAGCACUUUAUUCAGAAAUUUGUUUUCUCCUCGUAGUCUCUCUAUUUAUCAGUUAAUCACUUUUGUUGUUUUGUUAACAUCUCCAAUGACAGGACAUCAUUUUUUUCUU